AUGUCUUAUUACGACAACCAAUAUCAGGGUCAGGGCCAAUACGGUCAGCAGCAGUCUCAACAGUCCUACAACGGCCCCCCUCAAGUCCCGGCACCAUGGGUUGCAGAGUGGGAUCCUCAGAACAACCGCUGGCUCUACGUCAACCGGGAAACCGGCCAACGUACCUUUGAAUCUCCACAGCAGUCCUACUAUGGCGGGAACUAUGGCGGAGAUUAUGGUCAAGAAUAUACUCGACAGGCCCAAGGGGAAUAUUAUCCACAAGAUCCACCGAAGGAAUCUCAUACUGGUCGAAACAUUGCCCUUGGUGCAGCUGCUGGGGUUCUUGGUGGUGCUGUGUUGAUGCACGAGGGGGAGAAAGUUGAGGACAAAUGGGAUGAUGUCAAAUAUGGAGCCGAGGAUGACGUUGCCAAUGGUAUCCAAGAUGUUGAGAACUUUCCCGAAAAUGCCGCUCGCUGGACUGGAGAAAAGGUUCAAGACGUCGAAGACAUCCCUCAGGAUAUCGAAAACAAAUGGGACAAUGGUGUUCAGGAUGUUGAAGAUAUCCCCGAGGACGUCUCUGGCUGGGUCGGUCGGAAAGUAGGGGACGUUGACAGAUUUGGGGACAACAUUGACGAUGCAUACGACCAAGGUCGAAACGACACAAGCUACGAUGACAACCGAUACUAG